UAAACAUACAGAUAUUUGGAUUUGGGUUCUACCUCAACACAAAAUGUCCGGGGAAUCUGAGAAUUUGGUUAUAACUCCAACAUAUAGCGAACUGCAAGCAAUAGACCAGGAAGAUAUCAUAUUGUUAAUCGACGUGGAGUCGGCAGUAAAUGUAUGUAAUGAGUGUAUCACAGAGAAAUCCGCGAAUCCUUCAGAUGUCUUGACAUUGUGGUUCAGUAAAUUAUUGAGGGCAUACAUAAGUGAAUCGGUUGACUGCGUCAAGGCAGUGAAGGAAAUGUGCAAAUGGUUCCAACUUGAAUGUGACUCUUGCAAGGAAAUCUGCAGCGCUCAUAUUAAACUUUUCAAAGAGGCCCUAGCUUUUAUAACCGCAUACAGGGAUAAUUUGCUAAAAGCAGGCGAGCGUCUGGUUCAAAUCUUUACCUAUCUUCAAUUAUCAUUGAUUGAUUUAUUUGUGAAAACAAGCAACAGAACAGAAGAUCAUCAGCUUCUUAAAGAUCUUCAGUUUUCUGUGCUUUUCCUGCUGAAAGAGAUUACCUCUAAAUCAAAAAAAGUUCACCCUCGAAACAUUCUCUUGAUGCAAAAGGUAAUGGAAAUUGCAGAUCACGAAAGAGAAAAAUUUAGGGAUUUCGAGUUACCUGCAAAGACAAGCGAGACCAUUACUCAAAUGUGCGUGCAUUACAUGUCAUGCGUUGAUCUCAAUGAAGAACCAAUACCUGAAUGGCUUAAGGAAACGGUAUCUCAUCUUUGCGAAAUGGUACUCAGUUAUUUGGAGGAUCUUAACAAAAGGCUUAAUUUCACCGCAAAUGAAUUAGAAGAGCUCUUUAAGGUUUUGCCAAGUUACUUGUUAAUGUUGAAACAGAUUUUUAAAAAUGGUGUAAUAAAAAUUGAUCAAGAAGUAGCUGCUUACCUUAUGGAUUUAAUCAUGUGUCAAGAAACGAGGCCAUCACAUUAUUCUAUCAAAAAUCUUCAAAAUCUCAUUACUACAUAUGUAAGACCAAAUAUAAUGAAACUUUUUCAGUUGGCUUACUGUUUCUGCGAAUGUCAAAAGUAUUUUUUAACUUGCGUUUUGGUUCAACAAGAAGGAGAUUAUUUUGACGCCUGUAUUGAUUUUGUAAGUGUUGUGUCUACAGACGAUUCGGAUAUCCUUCCUUUUACCUGUCGAACUCUGCAAAAAGUAUUUGAAUAUUUUUUUAAAGAUGUCAACAUAUUUGUGAAUGAUGAGCGCUAUGAGCAAGUAAUAGAUGCCUUUGGUUCUCUAUUGUACAUGGUGGCUAAGAAGGAACUACAUAGCUAUUUCCUUGCUGGUUUAUUUCAAAAGGAUAUUAUAAAAUCUCAAGUGUGUGCUGACAUACUUAUGCUGUGCUUUCGUCUUAAAGAGGUUAAUAAUUUUUGGACACCCAACACUGUAGAACAGGCUAUUAAUUUUUGGCAAAGGUGCAACAAUCUAUAUGCCAUGUUCUCACAAAAUCCUAGUCAAUUGCAUGUGCAGCGUUUUCUAAAGUAUUUUCAAAGUUUGGGAAGACAAGGAAUCCCUGCCUUGAGCAUUCAAAACUUCCGUCAACUCUCGACCGUAUUAACUGCUGAUGCUCAAAUCGGAAUUAAACUAUUGAAACGCUUAGAUGAAAUCACAUCUGCGUUGCCCACACAAGUUAAUGUGUACUACGAGAUAGCUAGUCUUCUAGAAUUAUUGGUGAGUCAAGACACAGAUUGUUCUCAGUGGUUUCAGCGAACAUCCGAAAUGUCCAAGGAUUUGAUGAGCAUUGCAAGUUGUAAUUCUUUUACAAGUGCCUAUUUCAAGUUGCUAGUUCGUGCCAAUAAGGCCACACAGUUGCUGGUAUUACGAGGACUGGCCCCAACCAAUGGAUGCACAAACUGGCACCAACAAAAAUUCAUCGAGGCUUGCAAGAUCAGCGAUGAUGCCCAACUCAGAGCCUUUAGUGUCCACCACACUAUACCGUCAGAUUUUCAGCAACUUUUACAGGUUUUGCGACAGAAACCCGAAGAUCUGGAUUCAUCAGUAGAUGUUUCGCUUGAUGAUUUCAGCAUGAUCAGUCAAUGGGUCUACACACGUGACUCGGAACACAAGUGCCAAGGUUCUAGUUUGAAGCGAAAGCGCGAGGAAGUUUCACACAAGCAGAUCCUUCACGACAUCUAUGAGGGAACGCUUCAGUUGAGCAAGCUCAGUGGGAACUUUGAUGCCGCCGAUUGGGAUCUGCAUAAAAGAGUGCUGACACAUUUAGGUAGUAUUUUACCAGGACUCUGAUUUUGUCUCACAUCGCCGAAAUGGUAAAUAUUAUAAUGAAAUUUGGGUUCAAACUGGCUUAAAUAUUCAACAUAACGUGAUCUACAUGUUGCUCAACAUCCUGUAACAUUAGAAGUUUUUCGAUAUCAGGCCGGCCCAUAUAGUGGUCCUGUAUAAGAAUACCUAGUAAAGUCCAAAUUUUUUUUUUAAAUCGUAGUCAGA